UUUAUAGUUUCUCUCAAAAUCAAAAACUGAUUUUUUUUUAAAUAAAAAAUGAGUAUUAAAUUUCUUCUUUUUCAGCAGAAUCAUCAAGGCUUCAAGAUUCUUGAUUCUCCUUCACUUCACAAAUCUCUACCUUGUUUUCAUCAACACCCAAUUGUUUCUUUUCCCAAGAAAUGCUUCCACUCCUCAGUCCAAUUUGGGAUUCUUGAUGUGGUAUCAUUGAUGAAAGAAAAAGAGGGCCUUUCGGCAACAACCUAUCUACCUCGGAGAGGUAGUGGGGUACGAUUGGUGGGGUUUCCAUCAGCUAUACAAUCCACAUUGCCAAGACUAUUGGUUACUAGAUGUAUCUCAGAAAGUUUCUCAGAUCCACUUGGGCCUAAUGACUUUGAAUCACUUGAGAAUUUGAAACAAAAAGAGAACGCCUUUUUGACAAUUUUGAAGGGAGCAAACUCUUUUCUGCCCCAUGUGGUUCUUGCUAGCACAAUUUUGGCUCUUAUCUAUCCACCUUCUUUUACUUGGUUUACCAACAGGUACUAUGCCCCUGCAUUAGGAUUUUUAAUGUUUGCUGUUGGAGUCAAUUCAAGUGAAAAGGACUUUCUUGAAGCUUUCAAGAAACCUGCUGCCAUUUUUGCUGGUUAUAUCGGUCAAUUUGCUCUGAAGCCACUACUCGGGUAUCUUUUUGGCACAGUUGCAAUGUCCGUAUUGGGUCUUCCAACUUCCUUAGCUGCAGGGAUUAUGUUGACCUCUUGUGUUAGCGGAGCACAGCUGUCAAAUUAUGCUACUUUUCUAACCGAUCCACAAAUGGCCCCUCUUAGUAUAGUGAUGACAGCGUUAUCUACAGCUACUGCUGCUUUUAUAACCCCGACAUUAACUUUAUUGCUUAUUGGGAAAAAGUUGCCUGUGGAUGUUAAGGGAAUGAUUUCCAACAUACUCCAGAUUGUUGUUGCACCUGUUGCUGGUGGACUCUUUCUGAAUAGAUGCCUCCCACAGAUUUCCCAUGCCAUUCGGCCGUUGUUGCCUCCCCUGUCAGUUUUUGUGACUGCUCUCGCUGUAGGAGCUCCACUCGCUAUUAACAUAGAUGCCCUCGUAUCCCCUUCUGGAAUGUCUGUUUUGUUCCUUGUGAUUGCAUUUCAUUUAUCAGCUUUCAUCUUGGCCUAUUUUCUUUCCGGCCUAGCCUUCCACAAAGCACCAGAUGUCAAAGCUCUACAAAGAACAUUGUCAUACGAAACAGGCAUGCAGAGCAGUCUUUUGGCCCUUGCUCUUGCCAAUAAGUUUUUUCAAGAUCCCCUUGUUAGUGUCCCUCCGGCUAUAUCAGUUGUGAUCAUGUCAUUAAUGGGCUUCACACUAGUGAUGCUGUGGACUAAGAAAAAAGAAACUGUUAUGGAGUGAUAUAACUAUUAAAAUUAUCAUUCAUCGAGUUUCAAAUCGUCUGUUGAUUGAUCCUCGAAAAUUUCUCGAUCAUCAAAAAAAAUAAAAAAGAUCCACACAUUAUCUGUCCUAACAGUGCUUGUAAUGUCAAGAACCUCAUGGUACAACUAAAGAUGGCAUCACCAAAUGUUGUGUGGAAUUUUAUUUUCUAUAUGUAAUUUUCAGUAGAAAUAAAUGUGUACUACAUUUUUCUUUUGCGA